AUGGCCUCGUCCUUGCUGGGGCUGGCUUGCGCCGCAUGCCUCGUGCCCACCGCCCUGGGCCAGAUCUUUGUACGGGAUGAGCCAGACGCCGCGGUGGCGACCUCCGUCACGGUGGACUCGUUGGACUUCUCGGACGCCGCAGACACCUUGAACACAACCUUCCAGGGCAUCAAGUUUGGCUGCAAGUGCUACCCGGGCGACCCGUGCUGGCCAUCGCCAGCCAAGUGGAAUGCGCUCAACGCGACUGUCGACGGGCAGCUGCUCGUCAACAUCCCGCCCGGCGCGCCGUGCCACAACAAUUUCACCGGCCCGCUCGGGACGAUCAACACGUACGAUGCGGCCAAGUGCGCCGAGGUGACCCAGAACUUUACGAGCGAGUCGUGGACAGUGAGCCAGCCGGCUGCCGAGCUCUGGACCUACGCCACCAAUGAGACGUGCCGGCCGACGCAGAACCCGGCCGACAGCUGCACGCUGGGCUACUACGGCGUCUACGUCAUCAUGGCGACCAAGCCGCAGCACGUCAAGGCCGGCAUCGACUUUGCCCGGCGCAACAACGUGCGGCUGAUUGUGCGCAACACGGGCCACGACUUCUUGGGCCGCAGCACGGGCUACGGCGCCUUGAUCAUCAACACACACAGCUUCCAGCAGGUCACCUGGAUCGACUCGUACAGCGGUCCCGGGAGCUACAAGGGCAGCGCCGUCACCCUCGGUGCCGGGGUCGAGGGGCGUCCGAUUCUCACCGCCGGCCACGCCCGGAAUCCCCCGGUCGUCGUCGUCACGGGUGAAUGCCCCACCGUCGGCAUUGCUGGUGGCUUUAUCCAGGGUGGCGGCCACGGCCCGUGGACGACGCUCAAGGGAUUCUCGGCGGACAACGUCCUCGCCUUCGAGGCCAUCACCGCCUCGGGUCACUACGUGACGGCCAACGAGGCGCAGAACCCGGACCUGUUCUGGGCGCUCAAGGGCGGCGGGCCGGCCUCGUUCGCCGUGAUCCUGUCGGUCACCAUGAAGACCUUCCCGGACGUCCGGUCCGCCGGCGCGACGCUGUACAUCAAUUCGACGCUCACGACGGACCCGGACGUGUGGUGGAACGGCACGGCCAUCUUCCACAAGUGGUCCAACCACUUUGUCGACAACGGCCUCUACGUCUACUGGGAGCUGUCCCCCAUGACGUUCCGCGCCCGGCCGUUCGUGGGCAUCGGCAAGACGUCGGCGGAGCUGCGGCGCGUGAUGCAGCCGUUCCUGGACGAGCUCGCGGCCAAGGGCGUGCCGUUCGAGUUCGCCAUCAAGGACUUCCCGACCUUCUACGACCUGUACAUCGACCUCUUCGAGGACGAGGCGGCGGGCGGCUCGGCGCUGACGGGCGGCUGGAUGUUCAACCACGAGGACGUGGCGACCAACAACGACGGCAUCGUCGACGCAUUCAAGACGGUGCUCUCGCCGCGGGCCGACCUGUUCGGCUUCAUGAUCGGCCACCUGUUCAACCCGGGCUACGGCGCGCCGCGCGGCAGCAGCGCGACGCACCCGGCGUGGCGCAACGCGACCGACUUCGUCAUCGCCUCCAUCUCGGUGCCGACCAACGCGACGCGCGCGCAGAAGGCCGACCUGCAGAGCGUCAUGACCAACACCAUGGAGAGCGCGCUGAGGAAGGCCAGCACCAGCGGGUGCACCUACGUCAACGAGGCCGACCCCUACCAGCGCGACUGGCAGAGCCACUUCUGGGGCGAGCAGUACCCGGCGCUCAGGGCGCUCCGGCGCAAGUGGGAUCCGCUCGGUGUGUUCUACGCCACAUCGACGCCGGGCACAGAGGAGUGGGAGGUGAUCGAGGACGGGACGCGGCUUUGCAGGAAGCUACACGCCUCGUCGAGCCGAGCAGACGGCUGGGUGUCUUGGCUCUGGCCGUCCGCCCUCGCCCUGAAGGUGCACGUCGAGAAGCGCAUCUUGUUUGCCGGCUUCCUCAUUACGCUAAGCUUCAGCUUUACUCAAGUGCCGAUCUUCUACGCCUUCCACUUGAUGGAAUGCGAUAUAUUCUACAGCAACCACCCGCCAUACGACGGCCCCGGAGAUCGAUGCAGCCGCAAUGAGAUCGCCGCGGGUACGGCGACGCAGUACGCCAUCCUGGGCAUGACCACCACCUUUUGCGGCACCAUCAACCUGUUCGUCGCCGGAUGGAUGGCCAAGAAGAUCGGCCCGCGAGCCGCCCUGAUGGUCCAGACCUUUGUCCCGGCCAUCCGCGUGGCGACGCAGAUCCUCGGCGUCAUGGCCGGUGGGCAGGCCGGCAUCGUCAUUUUCCAGUACACCCAGCUGAUCACCGUCAUUGGUGGUCCCGUGGGAUACAUCUUGGUUGCCAAUAUCAUCGCCGGCGAGGCUGUCGAGCCCUUGCGGCGGACAGCCGUGUUUGGCAUGCUCCAGGGGUGCAUCAUGCUCGGCCAGGGGAUCGGGUACCUCAGCGGAGGUAUGAUUGGCGAUACGUGGGGCAUCCGGCGCCCCUUUGAAGUGGCCUUCUGCUCCUUUUUGAUCGCCACAUUGUACGUGCGUAUUGCGAUGCCCUACAUCGCCGCCGAGUCUCUGUCCCGGGGCUCGAAGCCCAAUUCGAAGGGACUGGCCGAGUUCUUCGCCCCUCUGCGGAUCCUCGCACCGCAGAAAGUGCUGCUUGCCAGUGGCGCGGUGAGAAACCAUUACGGCGUUCUGUUUCUCUGCGCCGGCGUCUUUCUCGGCGUGUUGGCCACCGGAUACGCCCCUCUGUUAAUUCAGAUGUACGCCACCGCCGUGUUCGAAUUCCGGCAGGGCGACAAUGGCUGGCUCAUGUCCGAGUUCGCCUUUAUGCGCGCUGCCUUUUUGAUCUUCCUCUUCCCCCGCAUCAUCAGCAGGGGUCGGAAGUGGCACAUGGCCCGGAGCACGGAGCAGCGGGCCCCGGAAGCCGAGCCCCGUCGGUCGUCCCGGCUCGCGACGAACCCCGAGGAACUCGAAGCGCCGAUGGGCAGCUUGGCGGAAGAGGAGCCAGUGGAAUCUGCUGAGGUGAAGGAGGAUGAGGGCACCGCCUUCGACCUUCGCUUCCUUAUGCUAAGCCUGGCUGUUGACGGUGCUCUGACGAUGUGUGCCGCCUUUGCUACGAAGGGGUGGCAUAUUUACGUCGGUAACUGCCUUUUUCUUGCCCUUCGCGUCGGGUUCAGCGCCAGCAGCCAAAGGCGUCAUGACCGAGAUGUGCUCAAGCUCGAGAAGGGCCGACGCGCUGAACGCCCUGACGCUUGUCGAAAACAUAGCGAGGCUUGCAACCCAGGGCUUGUUUGGUUUUGUGUUCUCCGCGCUCGCCGAGAUUGGCAAGCCACACCUUACCUUCUUUGCUAA